CCGACUUCAGCUCUGCCUUUAUUUGACUUUACCGUCUAAAGUCGCCUGCUUUAAGGAUUUUACAUUUUUUAUGCGUGUCUGUUUCCACGCAAGAGAAGCAAACAGACUCCACUUCUUCAAAUGGGAAUUACAUCCGCGCGUAAAACGUUGGCACACUUUUUUACUCGGUGAAUUUCGGAGACUGUUUUCCUGGAAACAUGCCGGAGCGAAUAAGCAUUUCGGAUUUUGUGGUGUUGACAAACGAGGAUUUGUCUUCGCCCGGGACCUCCAGCUUCCAGUCCAAGAUGAGUGACUGUAAGAACACCGUUUCAGCUGUGGAAGAGUGUCUGGAGACGAACAUCUCAACUCUGCAGAGGAUGAAGAAGAUGAUUAAGGCUAUACACACGUCUGGACUCUCACAUGUGGAAAACAAAGAGCAGUAUAUUGAGGUGAUGGAGAACCUGGGGAACAGCCACCUGACCCAAGACAGCAAUGAAAUCUCCACAGGCUUCCUUAACUUGGCUGUUUUCACCAGAGAGGUCACGGCUCUCUUCAAAAACCUGGUGCAAAACCUCAACAACAUCAUGGCGUUUCCUCUGGAAAAUGUUCUGAAGUCUGAACUCCGGGACAGUAGAUUAGAGCUCAAGAAACAUAUGGAGAAGAGUUGGAAGGAUUACGACAUAAAAUUAGCGAAGCAGGAAAAGGAAAGAAGGGAGAAGACGCGGCAGCUGGGGCUUAUGAGGAGAGAGGGAUCCGAAGGAGGGGAGGACAUGGAAAGGGAGAGGAGGAUCUUCCAGCUGCAGAUGUGUGAGUAUCUGUUGAAGAUCCAAGAGCUGAAGGUGCGUCAGGGACCUGAUCUUCUCCAAAGCCUUAUCAAAUAUUUCCAGGCCCAGCUCAGUUUUUUUCAGGAUGGGCUGAAAGCUGCGGAGAAUCUCGCUCCUUUUAUUGAGAAACUUGCUUCUUCUAUUCACACGAUGCGAUUGGAGCAGGAUGAGGAAGUAAAAAAACUCCUUCAGCUGAGCGAUUCUCUCAAGUUACUUCUGCAAGUCGAGGGCAAAGAGGAGUACCUGAACCGGAAGAAUUCUGGCAAUGGCUAUAGCAUCCACCAACCACAAGGAAACAAGAAAUACGGGACAGAGAAAUCUGGCUUCCUCCAAAAGAAGAGUGAUGGGAUCAGGAAGGUUUGGCAGAGGAGGAAAUGUGGAGUCAAAUUUGGAUACUUGACUAUUUCCCACAGCACAAUAAACCGACCACCUGCCAAACUGAACCUUCUGACCUGUCAGGUGCGGCCAAACCCGGAGGACAGGAGGACAUUUGAUUUGGUCACUCAUAAUCGGACAUAUCAUUUCCAGGCAGACGAUGAGCAGGAAUGCAUGAUCUGGAUGUCAGUGCUGCAGAACAGUAAAGAACAGGCCUUGAACACAGCGUUGGGAGGAGAUCAGCUUCAUGUCAAGGACAGCGGGCUGCAGGAACUUUCCCAGUCCAUCAUUGCGGAUCUGCGACACAUGCCAGGCAACGAGGCAUGUGCAGACUGUGGUGCCCCAGAUCCAACAUGGCUGUCCACCAACUUGGGCAUCCUUACAUGUAUCGAAUGCUCUGGCAUCCACAGAGAUUUAGGAGUCCAUUACUCCAGGAUUCAGUCGCUCACUCUGGACCUGCUCAGCACCUCAGAACUACUGUUGGCCGUCAGCAUUGGCAACACCAGAUUUAACGACAUCAUGGAGGCAGGGCUCCCAAAUGACUCUGUCAAACCGUUGCCGCAAAGUGACAUGAAUGCCAGGAAGGAGUACAUUGUGGCAAAGUAUGCCGAGCGUCGGUACGUCCUCCGCAGGGAAGAGUCGGAUCCGGGUCGCCUUCACGAUGCAGUGAGGACCCGCGACCUUGUUUCGCUUCUGCAGCUCUAUGCUGAGGGAACAGACCUGGCCAAGCCACUGACACUCCCUGAAGGACAGGGGAUCAAAGAGACUGCUCUUCACCUUGCCGUACGUCUGGAGGAGAGAAGUUCUCUGGCGCUGGUGGACUUCCUCUGUCAGAACAGCAACUGUCUAGAGAAGAAAACAAUGGAAGGGAACACAGCUCUUCACUACUGCGUCCUACAUCACAAACCUGAAUCACUCAAGCUUCUCCUCAAAGCAAAGGCUUCUACUCACAUAGUGAACUCAAGUGGAGAAACGGCUCUAGACAUCGCUAAAAGGCUGCAGCACACGCAUUGCAUCGAGCUGUUGGAGCUGGCCCAAAGUGGGAAGUUCAACUCUCAGAUCCACGUGGAGUACAUGUGGGAGACCCAGUCUCAGGAGUUCUAUGACAGUGAGGAUGACCUGGAUGAGAGAUUGAGUCCGUUACCCAAAAACCGCUCUCCUGGAGGUGGUGGAUCUGCCUUUGCCCAAUGGACAGGUAGCAACGGUACAAGCUUGGGUAUUAGGCCCUGUCAGACGUAUGAGAAUCUGGACUUCCUGCACAAGAAUCCUCCUGCCAACAGCGCCCUCACUGGAGCAUCCAUGCCACCACCGUUGCCAGCUAAAUCAGUCCAAAGAGGCCGUUCAGACCCCCAGAUUUCAAUCACAACAACACAGGAUGGAGCCCACAUCCUACGGCGCUGCUCUAACCCAUCGUCCCACUCCUCCAGUCCUCAGGCACAAGCGAAACAUGGAUUCUCUUCAUCAAAUACAGAAACCCAAGGUCAGAGUGUGAGACCCCCACGGUCCCCACAUGGACAGGGAGCUCUGCAAAGAGCACAUAGGCAAACUUGGGAUGGCCAGUCUGGUUCUGGCUCUCAAAGUAACUUGACACAGGCAUCCAGUCAAAAUCAUGGAGGACCUAUCAGUUCCGAGAAGACCACAUCAUAUCGUCGCACCAGCAGUGGAGGAGGCAGCCACGGAAAGUCUCCGAGUUGUGUGGGCAGCCAGGAGGAGCUGUACUGCAGCUUAGUGGGAAACGGUAACAGCUCAGCUCCUUCUCCAGCACCUUCGUCCUCACCUACUGUGAUCUGUGCCCUGCGCCCCCGUAGAAAUGCAAUGGUUUCUGUCAGCAGGCCACAGAAGCGUGUCAAGGCUUUGGUGGACUGCCGAGCGGUCAGCUCUGAGCAGCUCGCUUUCUUCAAAGAUGAAGUCAUUGUGGUCACAGCCACUAAUGACCUCCACUGGUGGGUUGGCCACAUUGAGGGCGACCCAUCAAGGAGCGGGAACUUUCCUGUCAACUAUGUGCACAAACUAACAGACUGAUGCUAGUUUUUACCUCUGAGUCAUCGGACUUCAUCACCACAUGUGGGAAAGGAAAAAGACUGUUCUAUUCAGUUAUCCAAGUAAUCUGGGAAUACUUUCACUUUAGGAUCUACUGACCAAAGGGCAGCUGUAGGAGUAAAUGACUUUUUUAGCUGAAUGAUCAUGUUCUUUAAACAUUUACUCGUCCCGGAAAGCAACAAAGAAACUGAAAGAAUUUAUUUGUUGUCAUAAACCUGCAGGUGCCAUGGUAAAGCAAUGCUUGUGAUCCACUUUAGUGUUCUUUUAAAUAUUAAUCAAACAUUUGGGCGACAGAUAUAUAAGCCGCCUGUACUGAUAUAAAAUUGUACAACCAUGCACAAUGUCCCUGCAAGACAAAUCCUCAUGGAGACACUUUAAAAUUCAGAGGAAUCCUCUGAAGAGCUGGGAGAGUUGUCAAUGUUUAAUCGGCCAGCUGCCAAACUAGGAGUUAGCUGCUUUAUUUCCCUCUGAACGGAAAAGUAGUAUUUUGAAGUAUUUUAAAUCACAGGUGAAUGAAAUUUAUAAGCUUCCGACCCACCCAGUAUCUGCCACAGACUGGCGCGGAGCGUGCCUGCCAGUCUGUCUCCAGUAAAACAUUGAUUUGUCUGCACAGCCCAACAAGAGAUCUGAAACUUUGGUCCAGCCGCCACGACUCCAUGCCCAGGCUGGUUGCAGACAGAGGAUCCUGUUUCUAUCGCCUCCAGAGAACCUGGAAUAACAGCAGAGUGUUGGAGGAAAAAAAAUAAAAAGAUCCUCUGUCCUACCAGGAAAUGGUACUUAAAGCAGACGUGUUAGUAAGAGCUCCCCAGCGCAGUCAUUUGUUCAAGGUUUUUUCACUGUAAGCCCACAAUUUUCAUACCACACACAUGCACUUACACACACGGAUAAGCUUCCAGGAUUCAGGAAGCUUUAUGGAAGAAAGGAUAUUUGUGAGUAAAUGGUACAUUUUUCACUUCUUUCUCACAAAAUGUUUUGUACAUAUUUAGCCAAACUUAAUACAUACAGUUGAUAUAAGAAGUGGACUCAUGCAUAAUAAAAUGCCAAGUUCUUGUGAUGUAAAGCUUGCAAUAACGAUGAAUCAUUUCAUUUUUCCACCUUUUAAUGAGACUCAUAUCCUGUACAAUUUAACUGAAAAUGCAUUUAAGGGGAAAUUAUGUUGAAUAAAAAAACUGCAAUAACUUGAUUGUAUAAUCUGUAUACCCGUCAACUAAUAUCUAAAAAAAAAAAACACCUUUUCAUUCUGUUUAAGUUUUCAGUCUUCUUUGGUAGGAGUCUGUCAACAGGUCACAUCUCAACUUACCCAGUCUACCUCGCAAAGUUCUCCGAAUCUCAUCAGUCUGUGAGGAGAUCUCUUGGCCAUGUACCUCCUUAUGUCAUUGCACAUACUAAGUUCAUUAAGUUAUUCCAAUAAAUUUUAUUUUCUUGUUUUCUAAUUUAGAUCUAUGCCUGGACUGAUUGUGAUGCUAAAUAAUAAACCUGCUUUUCAUCCUCAGCUGUAUGGUAGACAGCUGAAGGUUUCUGGUGAAAGUCUGCUGCUGUUAUAUCCACCUUGACAAAAAUCCCAGAGUUUCAUCUGAAGUAAAACUAAUCCCAGAGAGAACGAUGCUGCCACCACUGUGUUUCAGUGCACGUAUUGGUUUGUUUGUUGAGGAGUUGAGUUGUGGCCUAAAAGUUCAGGUUUGCUUUCAUCAGAUCAUAACACGUUUUGGCGCAACGUUUUUUGGUAGGCUUGGAUUUUUCCUUUGGACGUUCUGUGUUUUAACUCUACUUCUUAGUCUCGACCCAGAGUCUGCAACCUGUUGUUCAUUGUCCCUUUCACAGUGGCUCUUAUUAAUGUAAAUAAAGUUAAUAACAAUACUGGCUUAAACAGGUCUGUCAUCUGUUUUUAUGCUAAUUCUUUACAGAUUGUCGGUAGAAAUGACACUAGGUGUACAGUUAUAUUUUUCUUUGCUCUAGGCUCUCUUAAUAGAAUGCAAAUUAUGCGCUUCAUUUUUUAAAUAAUGCCUUUAAAAUUUUAUAACCACUCUGUCAAUAACUGUUUUGACUAAAUCCUAUUAGAAGAAUUAAAUUGUAUUUCUGGUUAAUCAGAUUAAUUAUUAAUGUUGACAGCUUUGAUCUCAAGAAGACUGAAUGCUGCAGCUGAAUGAACAGGUGCUUCAGUGAAGGGUGUGCACAUGUUUGCAACCAGGUUUAUAUUUUUACAUUUUCCCUUUAACAGUUUGGGGUUUUUCAGUUGAUUACAUGAUUUAUGUCAGAUUAACAGUGGAAAACAUUCGAAACUUAUUUAUCUUGGUCUCACUUCUGAUAUUGCACAAAUGUAUAAUUGUACAAAGUGUGCACUCUUUUAACAUGCACUGUACAUACUCCAGUUAUAUUACAUGUUGCUUGUUUUCCCAUUUGAUAUGAAUUUUAAGGGACAGUGUCACUUUUAGUUUUUAUUUUAAAUUAAUAUCACAUGUUCUGGUGUACCAUCUUUUUAUUUAUCCAAGUGACUGCUAGAGUCAUAGAAUAAUGGGGUAAAAGGAAACUUUUCCAACUUAAAUAGAUAUGCACUAAGGGGGGAAAACAUAGGUGAACAAGCUGCUUUUUGCAAGCGACUAUUUCUGUUAAUAUCUGGUUACUGUGUUGAUUAUUAGGCCAUAAACCAUGAAAGUGUGAGGGAGCAGAUGACAGCAGUAGAGGGUCCCUCCCAGGGGGGACUGUGUAAAGGGUAAAAAGCAAAUGAGCUUGUUUUAGUUGGUUUACUUGUAAUAUAUGCAUUAAACAUGUUUAAUGAAG